AUGACUAUUUCCUAUUCGGACACAUUCAUUCGGUUAUUAUUCCGUUGGAAAGGAUCAUUAUGGAAAGCUAUUUGGAAACAUUUAGUUGUAUUUCUAGUAUUAUAUUAUUUAAUUAAUGUUUACUAUAGGUUUUGGAUGACGGAAGAACAGCAAAAAUCAUUUAUCAAAUAUGUGCUAUUAGUCGACGGAUGGACAAAACAAAUACCGUUGACAUUUCUGCUUGGUUUCUAUGUUGCAAUGAUUGUCCGAAGAUGGUGGGAUUGUUGCCAAUUGAUUAGCUGGCCCGACCAUUUGUUGUACAAUGUUUCGGCAUUAAUUCGUGGCCAAGACGCAGAAACUCGGGUUAUUCGAAAGACAAUUGCUCGAUAUGCAAUUUUAACAUCAGUUUUGGCAUGGAGAAGUAUUUCAUUAAGAGUUUUAGCUAGAUAUCCAACUGAUGAGCAUCUUGUUGAUUCUGGAUUGAUGACACGAAAAGAAUUAGUAGUAUUCAAAUCGAUAGUUGUAUCUGUAGAUCCGCAUCAGAAAUGGUGGGUUCCUUUGAAUUGGAUACAAACAAUGAUGGUCCGUUGUUUCGAAAAGGGGACAUUGACGCAUACAAAUGAGCUGCGCGUUCUUCUCGACGCCCUUGAAAAGUAUCGACACGGCUUUUUUCAAUUGUUCAUUUACGACUGGAUAGCUAUUCCACUAGUUUAUACUCAGGUGUCAACCAUCUCCGUAUAUGGCUAUUUUCUUUUCGCGUUGAUUGGGCGUCAAUAUCCAAGUCAGACAGAUAAUGGCGACAUUGUCGACGUCUAUUUCCCGGUGUUCACUGUUCUUCAAUUUUUGUUUUACGUGGGCUGGUUGAAAGUCGGAGAAGACUUAAUGUUUCCAUUCGGAGCCGAUGAUGAAGAUUUCGAGUUUAAUUAUAUCUUGGAGCGAAAUUUGGAGAUUGCAAUGUUGAUUGUUGAUGGAUUACACAAUCAAGUACCGCCCGUAUACGUUGAGUCAUUAGACGACGAUGUUCAGCUUCUUCAUACACAUGCGUCGGCAAAGUUAUCAAGUCACCCUCAAAGACAACAUUUACGAAAACUGAAAUUCAAUGUGAACGCGAUGCAAGUGUUGCCAGAACUUCAACAUGAAAAACGUCAAUCCGAAAGAGACAUGUCCCUUUCUUCUAAUUCAAAACUUUCGCUGACCGAUUUGGAAGGCCUAGGAAACGGUCCAACGAAGCGAAAUUUUCCAUGA